CUUUUAUUUUGAAAUCGCCUUCACCCGGAAGUGCGACAGAUUUCUGCUUUGUUCGGGAGCUUGGGGUCCCAAGGCGCCUAAAUACAGCCGUUUAAUAAUCUUUACACAGUUUUAAGGGUGUACCACGGAUUAAGAUAUGUUUUAUCACAUCUCUCUGGAACAUGAGAUUCUCCUCCAUCCUCGAUAUUUUGGGCCAAAUCUGUUAAACACAGUCAAACAGAAGCUGUUUACAGAGGUGGAAGGCACGUGCACGGGAAAAUAUGGCUUUGUCAUUGCAGUGACGACAAUAGAUAAUAUUGGAGCAGGUGUUAUACAACCGGGCGUGGGUUUCGUCUUGUACCCUGUCAAAUACAAGGCCAUUGUGCUUCGUCCUUUUAAAGGGGAGGUUGUGGAUGCAGUGGUCACUCAAGUAAACAAGGUUGGACUGUUUACAGAAAUUGGCCCAAUGUCUUGCUUUAUCUCCCGUCAUUCUAUACCAUUAGACAUGGAAUUUGACCCAAACUCUAAUCCUCCCUGCUACAAGACGGUGGAUGAGGACAUUGUAAUCCAACAAGAUGAUGAAAUUCGACUGAAGAUUGUUGGUACUCGAGUAGACAAGAAUGAUACUUUUGCCAUUGGAUCCCUCGAGGAUGAUUACCUUGGUCUUGUUAGUUGAUGCGUCUGUCAAAGAGCAGUCAUCUUGCAAUAUGCUUGUACAUAUAUAUUUUUUUGCUUCACUGCACUGCUCAUCUUUUAAGCAGUGUAGAGCUUGAAUAGAUACUUUUUUAUUGUCGUUUUCCUACAGAACAUGUUUAAACAUUAUUUUUAAGCUGGACCCUCAAACAAAAUUGGAACAAGCUGUAAGUAAAGGAACCUUUUAACUGAAUUUCAGAUCAGCACAUGCAGUCUACAAUAUUAUUGGACUUGGCUAUAACCUGGAAAAAACUAAUGAGGGUCUACAUAACUGAUGAGUAAAAGAAAGCAUUUUGCCAUCUAUGCAUUUUGAUGAUCAGCUGUAGUCAAGUUUAUUCUGCUGUCUGUUAAAGACAUCUUUCAGAAAGCUGAGCCUGCUUAUUUGCUAUAUGUAUCUUUGGUUUAAAUGCCCAUCAACAUCUGUGUCCAUCUUAUGACUGUGCUCUACCAACUAAACUGGUAUUCUUAUAUAUUGCAUCAUUUGGUGACUGUAGGCUUUGUUGAAAUACAGAAUUGAUUGUAUAUACUUAUAUAUACUUAUAAACAAGUUGUAUAUACUUAUAUAACCUUAUAAACAAGUUGUAUAUACUUAUAUAACCUUAUAAACAAGUUGUAUAUACUUAUAUAACCUUAUAAACAAGUUGUAUAUACUUAUAUAACCUUAUAAACAAGUUGUAUAUACUUAUAUAUACUUAUAAACAAGUCUUGUGACCAUAA